AAAGGCAGUGAGAACAGUAGACGGGCACAGUCAAACCGGCCGGUGCAAAGAUGCGCAGAUGACGCAGGUUCAGGAGGAUCUCUUCCAUCUCCAUCUAACUCUCCAGCUGCUCUCAAACAGGAUGGUGGAAGCCAGAAGUCUGCUUUACGCAACUUUUUUCUUUUCAUGUUUUCUUUUAUCCAAAGCCCAUGACGCGAGCGACGCAGGACUGUUGUGCGUCAGGUCAGCUGCGGUCGACGGACAGACGAGCGUCACUUUCGUGCGCCAGUGGAGCUCGGGUGCGCGCUCCGUCUACCUCACCAGGUGGUCCCAACACUCCACAUUGCUGGGGUGUGAAAUCCACUCCGACCCAAGCGUGGUGGAGAGUUACCGCGCUCUGUGUAAACCACUGAAGGCUCAAGAUCGAGAGGUUCUCAAGCGGUUUGACAUUCGUGCAGUACUGGCUCCAGACGCACCGUGCGUACUGGCUCCCCAAAAGUUUUCUGCACCGGGAAGAGGAGAGAAAACUCGGCGGAAGCGCUCCUGGCUGUUUCCUGGAACGCUGUGGUGUGGCACUGGCAGCAGAGCGCAUGGAUACCAUAAUUUAGGCAUGUUUGAGCGCGCAGAUGUAUGUUGCCGUGAGCACGACCACUGUCAGCACAGCAUCCCUGCGCUCACUGUGAGCUACGGAGUCUUCAACCACCACCUCUUCUCUGUCUCUCACUGUGACUGCGACCACAGGUUCCGGCAGUGCUUGAGGCGUAUGAAUGACAGCAUCUCCAGAAUGGUUGGCUACACUUUCUUUAACGUCCUGCAGAUUCCCUGCUUUGAGCUCCAGCACGUGAAGAGGUGCACAGAGAUGUACUGGUGGGGAAUGUGCAAAAGAGCCAGGGAAGCGCCAUACGCUGUCUUUAAAAAUACCCAUCCUUUCGACAGCUCUGAAAGUCAUCACAAACACGUACAUACUGCCAUAACAACCAGUGAGGAGCAGCAUUUGACUAAAGCUAAAAGCGUUGAUUCUCAGAGGACGUCAUCUAAGGGAAAACCUGAAUGUGAGUCUCGAGACCCCCCGAGAGGAGACACCUUCCACCGCCGGAGGAAAACAGGGAAAGCAUGCAGGAGGCAGAAGAAUCUUGAAGAGGAAUCAUCCUUACAAGCAUCCACAGAGUCUCCCACCUUUUCUAUGCCAACAACAACAUCUGAAAGGAGCACACAGACAAUAAAGAAAGAAAGACGAGCAAAGAAGAAGAGUCGGAGAAAAGACUUGAGUGGCCUCGCAUCAAAAAGCCACUCCAACCUGAAUGCAUCCCUUAUAACAUCUUCAGCUGUUACUCCUUCAACUCAGCAACAGAAGUUUGAUGAAAACUCAACAAUCACACUCAAAAACACAACCGAGUCCCUCAAACGUCAGAAAAAGAAUCAGAAGCCAUGUCAGUGUCAAUCCAACAAAACUGUUACCUUUCAGCGACAAUGUAAAAUAUGUUCGAAUCAGGAAAACAAAUCUAAAACAAAUGAUCUACCAGCAAAAUUGAACAAAAAUGUUUCUGCAACUGAGCAGAAAGAACAUAAAACCAGGAUUCUGAUAAACACAGCAGAGACUCCCUCUCAGAAGACUCCAUCCUCUCACUUGGCUCAUGUGACUCAUGGAUUGCUGAUCUCCACAAAGUUCGGGACAACUCCUUCUACUGAUGAAAAUGACACACGACGAGAGCGGCUCAGUCCCCAUCUGAGGUGGAGCCACACAAGUCAAGAACUGUUGGAGAGAUUUAAAGACGCUGAGAAAAGUGUGGAAGAAAACAACGUGCUUCAGAAAGAAAAUGACCUCAAGUGCCAAAUCCUCAAGCAUCUGGAUGAUUGUAAAUUUAAAAUUUCUCCACUUCAGGAGAAAUAUAGUCUGCAUAACACGGACAUCAAGACUGUUUACCACUGCGACUGUACCAGCAGUUUGGCUGCACAGAUCAAAAGCUUCAAACCGCCCAGUUAUCUGUCAUCUCUCUUGGUGGAUUUUGUUUCUCCUCGAUGCUUUAUUCUGCCAAAGCAGAACAAAUGCCCUCAUGAAGAAAGAUGUUCUGGAGGCUUCACAGAAGCCUCUGACCUACUUGAAGCUCUUAAGAAGGCGGAAGAAAAAGGCGCCGCUGAAAUGGGGUUUUCAGCCAAUAAAAGAAGAAGAAAGAUUCCUGUUCGUCUUUACAAGCGAUGUCUGAGACUACAAAAGGAGUUUGAUGAUAUGUCAAAGCUCAGAUGAUUUAUGACUCCACCACUGUCUACUGCUGUUAUGAAUUUAGAAUUAAACUGGAUUUGAGAUUUGGGUGAAA